AUAAUAAGAAGUUGCCGAGAGACGGAGGAGCGACGACCCCCGCCACGUGAGGGGAGGGGAGGGGGCAGCGGGCGCCGCCACUCGCAUUGAGUGAGUCAAGACCAUGCACCGCUCGCUGCUGCUGCUGCGUCUGCGGAAACUCAAACCGCCAAAUUCACAAACGCAAAAUGCAUCAAAAGACGUGGAGUUCAAGGAUGCGAUGGCGGCGCUCGACCCGUACGAGCAGCAGCUGCUGGCCGUCUUCGAGAGCUGCUGCGAGGGCGUGCCGGGGGCCCUGGACCCCCGCGGCCUGACCGCCCUCUGCGAGAAGCUGCAGCUCGAGGACCAGACGCCCCACCUGCUCGAGCGCCUCCUCGGCCGCCCCUCCAACGCCUCGCCACGCAAGGUCACCUUCCCGCAGUUCAGGGACGCCCUGCUCGCCCUCCUUGCCGCCGGUGUCUCCUCCUCGGACGACGUCGACGCCUCCCCAGAGAGGGAGGUGCGGCCCAAGUUUGUCUACGGAAAGAAAAAGUACGGACGCAGGUCAAAACCUGAGGAUGACGACAGCGGGUCCGAGUCGGAACCUUCGAGUCCAGUCAGCGAAAAGGAGAGUUCAACCAAAAUAAUGGCCGAGUCCGCCAAGAAGAGGAAAACCACUAGUCAGAGGAGGUCCUCCUCCAGUCCGUCCGAGAACUGGCUGGGCGAGUUGUCGGAGGAGGAGGAGUGCGUCCGCGCAACGUGGGAGCAGCUGGCCGCUGACGGCCGCCUCGGCCACCAAGAGCUCAAGUUGGUGUGCAAGGCCACGGGGGUGGAGGGCGUGGCCGCCGACGAGUUGGUCGAGCAGCUUUUCGCGCGCCUCGGCGUCCAGCCCGACUCCAAAAUCAGCUUCGAGCAGUUCCUGCGCUUAUUCCGUUCUGGCCUUGCGCCAUCUCAAGAUGACUCGGAACAUUCCACGGUCGAGCACCACAGAAACUUGUCAUUUGACGCGGACAGCUCGUCCAAGGAGCCCCUUUACAUUUCCUUGGACUCUUUUAACUCAGGGAUGGUGACCUCAGAGCAGCUGUUGGAGAUGUGGGAGGCGGGUGGGGUGGCGGGGGCGGCGCGGCUUUUGCAUGACCUGGGACUGGGGACGGCGGCGCGGCGGCCGGUCAGUCUGAACGAGUUGGCCGCCGCGCUUGACGAGGAGGCCAAGGCUUUGGCCGACGAGCAGAGCCACGACCGACCCCCCAACCACCGCCUCCAGCCCGAGAGCAACCUCCUCUCCGUCCUGCAAGCCUCCGUCCUCAUCUACCAGGCAGAGGCAAAGUGUCUCAAGAGCUCACUGGAGCAGACGUUGUGCGAGCGGAACAAAUUGAAGCAGGAUUUGGCCGAGGCGAAUGAAAGGGCGUCGCUGUUGGCGCAGGAGGUCGACGACCGGCACGCGCGCCUCGAGGACUCGUACAAGCAGCAGAUCCGCGCCCUUGAGCUGAAGCAGCAGGAGGAGGUGCGGGGGCUGCAGGCCGAGUUGGCCGGCGACCGAGAACAACUGGCCACCCUCACCACCGGCCUCCAACUGCGCAUGGACCAGAUGCAGGCCGACGAGUCCAAACUCAGGGCCGAGGCCACCACCUGGCUCAAGAAGUCUGAGUUGUUGGAGAAGGAAAAUGGGCAGCUGAAGGAGUUGCUGGCCGAGAGCGACGAGGCCAAGCAGCACCUGCAGAAAAGGGUGGACACCAUCCCCGACCUGCAAAUCAGGCUGAGUGAGUUGGAGCGGGAGCAGGCGGAGGUGCAGGCGCAGCAGGUGCGGCCGCUGCUGCAGAAGGUGGAGCGGCUGACCCUAGAGAUGACCUCACUCAGGGACACCAACGACGAGCUGACCCUGCGCCUCGAGCAGCUGCCCAGGGCCUCGAGAGAGACCGAGGAGGCUGACCUGGUCAGUCCAAGGGGCAGCGGCAAGCGCAAGGGUCGCCCUUCCGACGCCUGCUCCGAGGACAGCUCCGAGGAGGAGACGCGGCCGCAGGGCAAGCAGCGCAGGAAGGCCCUGGCUCAGGAAUGUGAGGAGACGAAGCAGCUCCGUGAACGCGUGGCCGAGCUGGAGCGGAGGUUGGCCGAGUGCCAAGAGCGCUUGCAGCAGCCACACUCGCCAGGGUUUCCGCCCAAACUCAAGCAGGUGUUCCAAGUGGUGCGCGCGCAGAUCCUGGACGAGAUCCUCGGCGAUCCCGACCACUCGGACGACCACCCCUUGCUGCAGGAAAUCUCGCGCCUCCAGACGCGCUGCCAAGACCUCACACAACUCCAAAAGACGAUGGAGGCCGACUUUGAGAUGCAGCUGUGCGACGCCAAGGAGCUGACCACCCUGACGAGGGCCUCGUCCUCCCUUCCGUCGAGCCCCCGAAACGGCCAGGGCGACGGUCGGAGCGACUCGACGGAAGGAUCGAGCAGCAGAAAUGUGGAGCAGCUGGAGCAGGAGUGCCACCACCUGAAGGAGAACCUUGACCAGGUCAAGGUCGAGAUCGUGCGGAUCCUGUCAGACAAGGAGGCGUGUUCGCGUGAGAACUCGGCCCUCAAAGAGCAGAUCUGCGAACUCAGCACCAAGGUCGAGGUCGCCACGCAGCACCCCUCAGACUCCUUCAAGGAGGAGGAGGAGGACCGAGUUGCGCAGCUGGAGGGGCGGGUGAAGGAGCUGGAGGGGUGUCUGGAGCUGAUGCAGGAGGAGUACGAGAAGUGCGAGGAGUACUGGCACCGCAAGCUGGACGACGAGCGGCGGCUCUUCGAGCUGGAACAAGAGGCCGAGGGCCGAAAGUUCGCCGAACUCGAGGAAAAGAUCCAGGAGAUGCUGCGGCAGGAGCAAAACAAGGGCCGCCUCUCGCCCAUCGACGAGCGCGUCCUCCUCGAGCAGCAGGUCACUGACCUCGAGGCCGAGUGCGCCCACCUGCAGGACCAGCUGCUCCUCUGCAGGGCGCUCCUCAGCAAGGACACCCUGAGCACAAGUACACAGACAGAGGCCAAACCCAAGUUGGCUGCCCUUUUCCUGAGCUCAGGUACCGUCAUCUCAAGCACCAGUGACAAGCAGAUCCAGGCCAACCUGAGCGCUGUGGAGCGGAAUCCGUACGAGUUGAUCUCGCCGCCUGAGUGGGUCAAGAGGCAGUACCCUGCCUCAGGGUUCAAAGGUCGCGCGCCUGAGCAGUCGUGCAGGGUGCAGCUGAGCGUGAUGCAGGCCCUGAAGGAGCGGCUGCAGCAGCAGGACGUCAAGUGUCGCCGCUUCGAGACCGUCAUCGCGCAGCAGCAGUUGCACCUCGAGCGCCUCCUACACCAGCACUCGGCCGAGGUGGCCGGUCUGCAGGCGGCCAUCCAGGCCGGCCAGAUGCGCCUCCAGCAACAGAUGGUCAUCUGUGAACAGCAGAUGGAGAAACUGGCGCAGACGGACAUGAUGGCGCGGGAGGUGUACCUGGAGAACGCGAUGCUGACCAAGUCGGUGGAGCGGCUGGAGAAGCAGUGCAUCUUCCUCUCGCAGCAGGCGCCUAGCUCGGCCUGACCCACCUCAACCGCGUACAAACCAUAGUCACUUGAUUGUGCCACCGCUAUUUUUUUCCUAGGUUUAAUUCAAUUGAAGACGAAAGUGAUCUCUCUCGAAUUGACAUUCCUGCAACGCGUGUCUUUGACUAAUUAGUGCCUACAAAGGUCAAGGCCAUUUGGGGGCGGGCAAAAGCCGCACCCCACUCGUCAUGUAUCUAAAUAUUUUUGUCGAAACUUGUUCUCGUUGUCGGCACAGCUAAGAAAGUGUGAUCCUGUCCGAAGCAUAACUAAACAUUUCCCAUGUAAAGCAAUUUCAUUAAGACAAAAGAGAGCGGCCUUGUUUGUCGCACAAGACGAAUAAACUGAAAAUUUAUUGAAAGA